AUGGCUCCAGUUGACUUUUCUGCCAUCUCAGAUACCCAGACCCUUCUUCCAGGGCCCUCUGGAAUCAAACAACUAAAAGGGUUCCAGGUCACACAGAAGGAGAUGAUGAAUUCAGUCUGUGUCCAUCGGCCCUGUGGGAAGCAGGGCAGCUGUGUGCCAUUGCUGCUUGAUCAUGCGGAUAUGGUGAACUGUACCUCUGGUGGCCCAGGUCACAUGAAGUGUGCUAUUACCUGUCAAAGGGGGUUUGCCCUUCAGGCCAACAGUGGGAAAUACCUCAGGCCUAUACAGAAGGAAAUUCUGCUCACAUGUUCCUCUGGGCACUGGGACCGGAUUGUGAGCUGCAUGCCCCUUGAUUGUGGUGUUCCCCACCCAUCUUUGGUGAACUAUGCGACCUUUUCCUGCUCAGAGGGAACAGACUUUCUGAAACGCUGUUCAGUCUCCUGUGUCCCACCAGCCAAGCUUCAAGGACUGAACCCGUGGUUGACCUGUCUUGAAGAUGGGCUCUGGUCCCUCCCUGAAGCCUACUGCAAGUUGGAGUGUGACGCUCCUCCUGUUAUCCCGAAUGCCAGCUUACUCCUGCCUCCCUGCCUCCAGCACAACCAUGACGUGGGCUCCGUCUGCAGAUACGAAUGCAAACCAGGCUACUAUGCCGUGCCGAGUGCGGACAGUAAAGUCAGGAGCAACUUCCUGAAGAUACAGUGCCUGGAGGGUGGAAUCUGGGAGCAAGGCAGCUGCAUCCCAGUGGUGUGUGAGCCCCCUUCUCCUGUCUUUGAAGGCAUGUAUGAAUGUACCAAUGGCUUUGAGCUCAACAGCCAGUGUAUGCUCAACUGUAACCAGGAAAGUGGAAGGCGUCCCAUCCUCUGCACUAAGGAGGGACUGUGGACUGAGGAGUUCAAGUUGUGUGAGAACCUGCAAGGGGAGUGCCCACCACCCCCUUCGGAGCUGAAUUUUGUGGAGUAUAAGUGUGAACAGGGAUACGGAAUUGUUGUUACUGGAGCAGAGAGUUUCUGA